UGAGGAGGUGCAGCAGGAGGAGGUGCAGCAGACUGAACAGGAGCAGGUGCAGGAGGAGAAGCAGAUUGAGGAGUUGCAGCAGACUGAGGAGGAGGAGGAGCCGCACCAGGAAGAGGUGCAGACCGAGGAGAUGUCACAGACUGAGGAAGAGCAGACGGAGGUGCAGCAACAGACUGAACAGGAGCAGCAGUUUGAGGAUUCACAGCAGCACAGCGAGGAGGAGGCGCAGCAGAUUAAGGAGGUGCAGGACUUUGAGGACGCUGUGGAGCAGAACCACAACAACCAGGUCCUGAUCCGACUGAGAGGAAUGCAGAAAUAUAAAAGUACAUCACAGAGGCUGAAGGGGGUCCUGGAGCAGAUGGACCGAGGUGUCGUGGACCUGCAGGAACUCCGCAGGAACCUGGAGCUCGCUGCCGCGAUGUUGGACGCUGUUUACACUGAUGAGACCAAGCGUCUGUUGGACACUGAGGACGAGCUCAGCGACUUGCAGGCGGAGUCAGUGCCCAGCGAAGUACGUGAUUGGCUGGCAUGUACCUUCAGCAGAAAGAUGGGCGUGGCCAAGCGUCGUCCUGAGGAGAAGCCGAGAUUCAGGACCAUUGUCCAUGCAGUGCAAGCUGGGAUAUUUGUAGAGAGGAUGUACAGACGGACAUCCAACAUGGCUGGUCUGAACUACCCUCCCACGGCUUUGACAGCUCUGAAGAAAGUGGAUCACUGGUCAUUUGAUGUUUUUUCCUUCCACGAGGCCACCGGAGACCACGCCCUCAAGUUCCUGGUCUACGACCUGCUGACCCGCUAUGACCUCAUCAACAGGUUCAGGAUCCCGGUGCAGGCUCUGGUGCAGUUUGUUGAAGCUCUGGAAAACGGCUACAGCAAACACAGGAACCCCUACCACAACCUGAUCCACGCCGCUGAUGUCACCCAGACCGCCCACUUCCUGAUGCUGCACACUGGACUCAUGCACUGGCUCAGCGAGCUGGAGAUCCUUGCGAUGGUUUUCGCUGCAGCAAUUCACGACUUCGAACACACAGGAACCACCAAUAACUUCCACAUCCACACCAGGUCGGAGGUGGCCAUCCUGUACAACGACAGGUCGGUGCUAGAGAACCAUCACGUCAGCGCCGCCUACAGGCUGAUGGCAGAGGAGGACAUGAAUAUCCUGAUCAACCUGAACAAGGACGACUGGAGGGAGCUGAGGGCUCUGGUGAUAGAGAUGGUGAUGUCCACAGACAUGUCCUGUCACUUCCAGCAGAUCAAGACCAUGAGGAAUGCCCUGACACAGACACUCAGUAUAGACAAAGUGAAGGUCUUGUCUCUGAUGCUUCACGCUGCAGACAUCAGUCAUCCAGCCAAAGCCUGGCCUCUGCAUUACCGCUGGACUCACAGUCUGAUGGAAGAGUUCUUCAGACAGGGAGAUAAAGAGGUGGAACUCGGCCUUCCCUUUUCUCCUCUCUGUGACCGGAAAGCCACCAUGAUUGCCCAAUCACAGAUAGGUUUCAUCGACUUCAUCGUGGAGCCGACUUUCAGCGGCCUGAUCGACACAACAGAGAAGGUGAUUGGUCCUCUGAUAGAAGAGGACAGGAAGGCCAGAGAGACCGGAAACAGAAGGUCCAGUCUAACAGGAAGUGGUUCAGUUACCGUGGAGUCGGUGCAGAGACACAGCAAUGGCCGCUACGGGAACAGUGAUGAUGGACAGAUGGACUUUUCCCUGACGGCCAUUGACCUGCCGGCUCUGAGGCUCCACCUAUCCGGCGUCAUCGCCAGCAACAAGGACAGAUGGAAAGAGCUGUCUGUGCACGAGCUGGCCAAUAAGGUGCAAGAGGAACAAGACGAAGCAGAAUCUAAUCUCAGCUCAGACAUCCAAUCACAUUCGUCACCCAAUCACAGCGUCCCUGAGGGAAACACGUCUGACCAAUCACAGAACUCAGGCGCCUUCCCUCCUGAUGACACACAUGACGACAAGUCACCCGACCAUCUGCCUGCAGAUCACCUGACCUGGAACGGGGCGGGGCCAGGGGAAGAGAAGGAUGAUGAUGAAGUGCCUGAAAACGUCUGAUGAUGCUCCACGGCAUCCGACUGUGGCAUUUCACCAUGGCAACAGGCGGCGCGGUGCAGUGACGAGAGUUCAGACUCUUCUGUUUAAACACAGCAGCUGACUCAAUGGCCCCUCAGUGGCCCUCAAAGGGCCACCACACCUUAUGUUUACAACCGACCAUGAAAAAGUGACAACAUUUAUCAGAAAUCAGCCUCUUAGCAGCUUCAUGGUCCAUUCACAGUGGUGACAGUGUUUUGUGAUUUUAUUAGCGACUCAGAGGAAUAAUGUCUGUGAAAUAAGUCAAAUAAGAGUAAAGACAAGUGAACCAGUGAAACCAAAGAGCGUUUACAGUGGCUGAACCAUUUGUGGCUAAGGCUGGAUUAAUGUCAGUUAUCUGGAAGAACGAGACAUGGAGCUGUUAAGAAGCGGAUGUGGAGGUUUUUGUGAAUGAAGACCAGUUUUUAUAUGUUGGGAGUGUGAAGAGAGAUUUCUGCUCUGUUCUGGGUUCAGAUGAUCAAGCUUGUUGUGCUUCUGGCCUUGCCUCAAUAUGUGAUGUGCUGUCAAAGAGUAGGCAAUAGCUGAGCUGUUGUUAGCCACGCUAGCAUGGCGUUGGCCUGUGUUUUCCUCUACGACCACCAAGAUGUUGUUUUUCCUCUGGAAGUUGCUGAGACAUAACGCUCAAAGCCACGAUGAUUGAUUUGCAGCCUUUAAUUGUGCAAACAGACCGUGUUUUCAUCAGAUUCAAAAAAUGUCUCAACUACUUUUGGAUGGAUGCCAUUCAAUUCAGUUUCAUUUACCAUAAAACUUUAAUCAACAUCCCGGGAUUUUAUUUUCUUCAAUCCCUGAACUCAGCCUGCCUAUAUCUGAGACAGGCCUUUUAUUAUAAUAGGCUGCCAUCAAUUUCCUUGUAAAAAUAUUACAGUAUAGGAUAAUUUCAUUCAUUUGAUUUAGAUUUAAGAGAUCGACCUCAUUCACAGGGAGAGAGAGAGACUACUGU